AUGGUGGCGGCGCCGUGCGCCCGGAGGCUGGCGCGGCGCUCGCACUCGGCGCUGCUGGCGGCGCUCAUGGUGCUGCUGCUGCAGACACUGGUGGUGUGGAAUUUCAGCAGCCUGGACUCCGGAGCUGGCGAGCGGCGGCGCGCGGGGGCAGCGGCGGGAGCAGCCGAGCAGCAGCAGCAGCCCGCGGCCCCUCGCCGGGAGCGCAGGGACCUUGCUGCCCAUCCGCCCGCAGCCCGUGGAGGACCCGGAGGCCGAGCAGGCGGAGGAGGAGCACGGGAAGGCGGCCCCGGAGGAGCCCGCGCGCAGCAGCCUGGCAGCCGCGGGGCACUGGCCGCCCGGGCGAGGGAUCCACACCCGAGUCCACUGAUCACCCUAGAGACCCAGGAUGGCUACUUCUCUCACCGGCCCAAAGAAAAAGUUCGGACCGACAGCAACAAUGAGAACUCGGUCCCGAAGGACUUUGAAAACGUGGACAACAGCAACUUCGCCCCCAGAACCCAGAAGCAGAAGCACCAACCAGAGUUGGCAAAGAAGACUCCCAGCAGGCAGAAAGAGCGGCUGCAGAGGAAGCUGGAUGCUCAGGAGAAAGGACAGGGGCAGUCAGUCUUGGGGAAAGGCCCCAAGGAGGUGCUGCCUUCUCGGGAAAAAGCCACGGGUGACAGUAGCCAAGGGAAGGAUCUCUCGAGACACAGCCAUGCCAGGAAGACUGGUGGUGGUGGGUCUCCCGAAACCAAGUCUGACCAGCCCCCCAAGUGUGACAUCUCUGGCAAGGAGGCCAUCUCAGCCCUGACCCGGGCUAAGUCCAAGCACUGCCGCCAGGAGAUUGCAGAAACCUACUGUCGCCACAAGCUGGGCCUUCUGAUGCCAGAGAAGGUGGCUCGGUUCUGUCCCCUGGAGGGCAAAGCCAACAAGAAUGUGCAGUGGGAUGAGGACACCGUGGAGUACAUGCCCACCAACCCGGUCAGAAUCGCCUUUGUCCUGGUGGUCCAUGGCCGAGCUUCUCGGCAGCUACAGCGCAUGUUCAAGGCCAUCUACCACAAAGACCACUUCUACUACAUCCAUGUGGAUAAGCGUUCCAAUUACUUGCACCGGCAAGUGGUCCAGUUCUCCAGGCAGUACGACAAUGUCCGAGUCACCUCCUGGAGAAUGGCCACCAUCUGGGGCGGGGCCAGCCUCCUGUCCACCUACCUGCAGAGCAUGCGGGAUCUCCUGGAGAUGACCGACUGGCCCUGGGACUUCUUCAUCAACCUCAGUGCUGCCGACUACCCCAUCAGGACAAAUGACCAGCUGGUGGCUUUUCUCUCCCGAUACCGGGAUAUGAAUUUCCUGAAGUCUCAUGGCCGGGACAAUGCAAGGUUCAUUCGCAAACAGGGCCUGGACCGUCUUUUCCUGGAGUGUGAUGCCCACAUGUGGCGCCUGGGGGACCGGCGGAUCCCAGAGGGCAUUGCUGUGGACGGUGGCUCUGACUGGUUCCUGCUUAACCGGAAGUUUGUGGAGUAUGUGGCAUUCUCCACAGAUGACCUGGUGACCAAGAUGAAACAGUUUUACUCUUACACCCUCCUUCCUGCUGAGUCCUUUUUCCACACGGUCCUGGAGAACAGCCCUCACUGCGACACCAUGGUGGAUAACAACCUGCGCAUCACCAAUUGGAACCGCAAGCUGGGCUGCAAGUGCCAGUACAAGCACAUCGUGGACUGGUGCGGCUGCUCGCCCAACGACUUCAAGCCUCAGGACUUCCACCGCUUCCAGCAGACAGCCCGGCCCACCUUCUUUGCCCGAAAGUUCGAAGCCAUAGUGAACCAGGAAAUCAUUGGGCAGUUGGACUCUUACCUGUAUGGGAACUAUCCUGCGGGCACUCCGGGCCUCCGCUCCUACUGGGAGAAUGUCUAUGACGAGCCGGACGGUAUCCACAGCCUCAGCGAUGUGGCACUCACGCUGUACCAUUCCUUCAUCCGCCUGGGGCUGCGAAGGGCCGAGUCGUCCCUGCACACGGACGGCGAGAACAGCUGCAGGUACUACCCAAUGGGCCACCCAGCAUCUGUCCAUCUAUACUUCCUUGCCGACCGUUUCCAGGGCUUUCUGAUCAAGCACCACGUGACUAACCUUGCUGUGAGCAAACUGGAGACACUGGAGACGUGGAUGAUGCCGAAGAAAGUCUUCAAGAUCGCAAGUCCCCCCAGUGACUUUGGGAGGCUUCAGUUUUCUGAGGUUGGCACUGAUUGGGAUGCCAAGGAAAGGCUGUUCCGGAACUUCGGCGGUCUCUUGGGGCCCAUGGAUGAACCCGUGGGGAUGCAGAAAUGGGGGAAGGGGCCCAAUGUGACUGUGACUGUUAUUUGGGUGGACCCUGUCAACGUCAUCGCAGCCACCUAUGACAUCCUGAUCGAGUCCACCGCGGAAUUCACACACUACAAACCGCCUUUGAAUCUGCCUCUGAGGCCUGGGGUCUGGACAGUAAAAAUUCUUCAUCACUGGGUGCCGGUUGCAGAGACCAAAUUCCUUGUCGCACCUCUGACCUUCUCCAACAAGCAGCCCAUCAAACCAGAGGAGGCAUUGAAGCUGCACAAUGGGCCUCCUCGCAGUGCCUACAUGGAGCAGAGUUUCCAGAGCCUGAACCCCGUUCUCAGCCUGCCCAUCAAUCCUGCCCAAGUGGAGCAGGCCAGGAAGAACGCAGCCUCCACUGGGACAGCGCUAGAAGCCUGGCUGGACUCUCUGGUGGGUGGGACUUGGACUGCCAUGGACAUCUGUGCCACGGGCCCCACCGCCUGCCCAGUCAUGCAGACCUGUAGCCAGACAGCCUGGAGCUCCUUCAGCCCUGACCCCAAAUCAGAGCUGGGUGCGGUCAAGCCCGAUGGCCGGCUUAGGUAGCAGCGGCGACAUGGGACCAAUGGAGCCUCAAUCCCGGCCUCCUACCUUGUAUGGGGGUUGCCUUUUGUGCAAGGAUCUCUGCUGACUGUAGAAUGAUGAAGCAAGGAUUUGGAGGCCAGAGAAGAGACAGCCUGUAUUUGUCAAACUGGCCUCUGGGGUAGGUGACUCAGUCCCAGGGCCACAGUGGUCUCCCCUCUUCGGGUUGCUUCUCAGUCCUGCAGGUUCCUGUUCUCUCCCUCCAGUGGCCUGCACUGUCUCCCUACAAGUGAGUUUUAAGCUUUUAUUUUGAGCAGCAGAGCUUUGUUUACUCAGCACAGUCAGAGUUGAAAGUGCAAGACCAGGAUGUGACUGAGGCUGCUCUGGCUGAAGCUGAGCUGCGUGAGGUUCCUUCUGGAAGCUCAGCCCACCAGGCGGUCCUUUUGCCAAGGGCAUCUCCAAGGUACCUCUUCCGAACCCAAGGGCUUUGUUGAAGCUGGUUUGACAGACAAGCACUGCCCUGACCAAGGGUGGGAUCUCCACCCCGGCCCUCCCAUUUAUCUCUUGAUUUCUGUGGCUGGGAAACCCUGUGCCCAUGCUAAAAGUAGCAAGCUAGUAGAGCCCUGGUUCAUGCCUUCCCAUGGAGGUGGAGAUGUGGGAGAAUUCCAAGGUUCCUGCUGCUGCUCAGUGAGCUAGUUUUUGCUGCAAACCAGAAGUGCAGGAAAGCCCUUUGAUGUGAAGUGGCCAAGGUUCACCAGAUAUGUGACUGCCAUCUGUCCAAGUCAACAUCCCUUCCAAGGCUGUCACAAAAGGUAGCAGGAACAGGGUAAAAUAUAGAGAGCUGGAGUUUCAAUUCUCCUCCAUGCCCCUGGGCUGGGAGGCAGCUACUGUGUCCUCUUUGGUACUUGGAAGGGGGACAGUGGGGAACCAAGUCUCUGAAUCUCAAAAAAAGGUGGGUAGGGGGGUUACUUGGACCCAACUUCUAAGCUGGAUGGCAGCACAGAACCACCCCUUCCGUUCUGAGAUCAGGUACCCCAAACCUUUGUGAACUGUGCACUUGGUGCUGUUGGCUGUGACCAAACUGCAUGGAUCAGACUUCUCUCACCCGGGAACAAACAUUUCAGAUUGGUCCUUAAUUUCAUACCCUUCCUUGCCUGGGGUGCCAACAGGCUCAGUCUGGCCACACCACAUAAAAGGAAGGUUGAGUUUCAGAAUAGGGAAGGUGGUUCAAAACAUACUGUUAUUCAUAUUGCUUGAGUUACCAGAAACCCAAGGGUUUUCUUGCCAUGUAUAUUCUGGGGAGGGCACUGAGGAACCGCACCCCCUUCCUCAUUGAGUUCCCUAAAGGACAUUGCUCUGGGAAAAGUUGUGCCCAUCCUGGUAUCUCUCCCAGCAGGAUAAGAAGGUCCUAAAGUCCACCCUGAUGGUGCAUCUAGUGCACAGCCCCUUCCCCAUCCAACAUGGCGGCCAUAGAGGAAGGACCCUUGAUAUUUAUUAUUUAUAUGUUUUAGUCAAUGACUAAUUAGUAGGUGCUGUUUUUUGCAGCUUGUCAAUUACGUUACCUUACUAACUAAAGUUGCCUUUGUUCACAAAAGGCUCCCCUUUCCCUGUCUUCCCUGGCCUGCCUGCUUCCCCUCCAUCCUCACUGUGCUUCCCCUCCAUCCUCACUGUUUCUGUCUCAGUGCCAACCCUAAGUCCUUCUGGUUCUUAGAACAAAGCAGGGCUGUUAGACACCAUGGCACAGUUUCCAACAGUACCAUCACUGUCAGGAAGUUGACUCGUGUGCAUGGCUGGAUCCUCCCUUUUGCUUACACAGGAUGCUGGUCUCCGCUGUCUCUCUAAAUUCAAAAGUGUUGGGA